GUGGAGCCGCCGCCGGGGUCGGCUCUGUUGGGGAGCGGGCGGCCGGGGUCUCGGGAGGUGGCUCCGGGGUCUGGGGAGGUGGCUCCGGCGCCGGGGACCGUGGCGGCCGGCGGCGGCAUGGACUACCUGACCACGUUCACCGGGAAGAGCGGGCGGCUGCUGCGGGGUACGGCCAGCCGUCUGUGGGGGCUCGGCGGCGCCGGCGAAGCCCGGCAGGUGCACUUCGAGGACUACCUGAGGGAGCCGGCCCCGGGCGACUCCGGCUGCGGGCCCCAGAGCCAGCGGCCGCCCGCGCCGUCCAGCCCCGAGGGACCCGACACUGGCCAGAAGAAGCCUCUUGACAAGAAAGAUGGGAGACGAAUGUCUUUUCAGAAACCUAAAGGGACCAUUGAGUACACUGUUGAAUCGAGGGACUCUUUGAAUAGCAUAGCCCUGAAAUUUGACACCACACCUAACGAACUUGUUCAGUUAAAUAAGUUAUUCUCCAGAGCAGUUGUUACUGGACAGGUUUUAUAUGUUCCUGAUCCUGAAUAUGUCUCUAGUGUUGAGAGCUCUCCAUCUCUAAGCCCCAUAAGUCCUCUGUCACCAACAUCAUCUGAGGCUGAAUUUGAUAAAACCACUACUCCUGAAGUACUCCAUCCAAAAGAAGCAACUCCAUCAUCUACUGUUACUGGUAUCCGACCUGCAAGAGUUGUAUCUUCAACUUCUGAGGAAGAAGAAGCAUUUACUGAGAAAUUUCUUAAAAUUAAUUGCAAAUAUAUCACAAGGGGCAAGGGCACAGUCAGUGGUGUGCUGCUAGUCACACCAAAUAAUAUAAUGUUUGAUCCACAUAAAACGGACCCUCUUGUUCAAGAGAAUGGCUGUGAGGAAUAUGGCAUCAUGUGUCCCAUGGAAGAGGUGAUGUCAGCUGCGAUGUACAAGGAAAUUUUGGAUAGCAAAAUAAAGGAAUCCUUACCCCUAGAAAUAGAUCAGUUGUCAGGAAGGGACUUCUGCCAUUCAAAGAAAGUGACAGGAGUUAAUCCCGAGGAAAUAGACUCGAGAAACCAUGAUACAGGUAAUGAUAGUGCCAGCACUGCUCCCAGGAGCACCGAGGAGUCUCUCUCUGAGGACGUCUUCACAGAGUCAGAACUCUCUCCCAUCCGGGAGGAGAUGAUCUCUUCAGAUGAGCUGCGGCAGGGUAAAUCAUCUGGUGCAUCAUCAGAAUCUGUGCAAACUGUCACUCAGAUUGAAGUAGAGUCUUCGACAGCCAAACCAGAGUCGACAGAUAUGCCUGACCACUUAAAAUCCAACACUGUACAUUCUUCCAAUGAAGUUGGGGCUUUAUCUCAUGAAACUGAUUUAAGUAAUCUUGAUAUAGCUGCUAAAGAAGGAGCUAAGGUGACAGACAACCGUCAAGAAAUCUCAGACCCUAAAGAACAGAGUACAAAUGUAAAAAGUCAUACUGACCAGGAUUCUUUUCACCUUGAAAAUUUACUACAAGUUGGAAGUGGAAAAGAAAAAUCUUCUGGAGAAACAGUAGAAUUUAAAGAAAAGCAAACUGUUAACAAGGGCAAACAAGGGAAGGAACAAAAACAGGACUCAGAGACAGAAGUAGAAGAGCUACGUAAACUUUGGAAAACUCAUUCUAUGCAACAGGCUAAACAGCAAAGGGAUAAUAUUCAGCAGGUAUCACAAAAAGAAAUUAAGCAUAAAAUUGCACGUGCUGAUGGACAUGUAGAUGGCUCUUCACUUUUAAAGGAAAAGAGAAAGCAUCAAUUACAUAAAUUCUUAUGUCUCAGAGUUGGAAAACCUAUGAGGAAAACAUUUGUAUCUCAAGCAAGUGCUACCAUGCAGCAGUAUGCGCAGAGAGAUAAGAAACAUGAAUACUGGUUUGCAGUGCCACAAGAAAGGACAGACCACUUGUAUGCAUUCUUCAUUCAGUGGAGUCCAGAAAUAUACGCAGAAGAUACUGGUGAAUACACCAGAGAACCUGGAUUUAUAGUGGUCAAAAAGAUUGAAGAGUCAGAAACAAAUGAAGAUUCUGCUAAUGAAGCAUCAGCCAGAGAAUGGGAGGUAGUGUCAGUGGCUGAGUAUCACCGCAGGAUCGAUGCUCUAAAUACUGAAGAACUGCGCACACUCUGCAGACGUCUCCAGAUUACUACAAGGGAAGAUAGAAAUUCAAAGCAGGUUGCUCCAGCAAAAGCAGACCUGGAGUCUGAAUCUUUUCGACCAAACCUAAGUGAUCCCAGUGACCUCUUACUGCCAGAUCAGAUUGAAAAGCUUACCAAGCAUCUUCCACCAAGAACUAUUGGCUAUCCAUGGACUCUUGUGUAUGGCACUGGGAAGCAUGGCACAAGUUUAAAGACCCUUUACCGAACAAUGACAGGUUUAGACACUCCAGUGCUGAUGGUGAUUAAAGAUAGUGAUGGACAGGUUUUUGGUGCAUUAGCAUCUGAGCCAUUUAAAGUAAGUGAUGGCUUUUAUGGUACUGGGGAAACCUUUGUUUUUACAUUCUGUCCAGAAUUUGAGAGGAGAAUUUGCCCUUUGGCUUGAUGGAGAUCUCUACCAUGGAAGAAGCCAUUCCUGUAAAACAUUUGGAAAUCGUACACUUUCUAAGAAGGAAGAUUUCUUUAUCCAAGACAUUGAAAUCUGGGCUUUUGAAUAAAUACAGUGCUCUCUGUUUACGCAGGAUAAUGGCCCAAACCUGACAUGGACAAGCAUUGUUUGGAAUGUUCAAGAAGCAAUACACUUUAACUUGUCAUUUGUGCUUUGAAGUUAGUCUGUUUCGCCAUUUACUACAGCUAUAAUUUGGGGGUUUAAUCUUUCAAAUCAUUUUUGUGUCCCAAAGUUCGGUUGGUUUACACUAUGGCCUGGGUCUGUGUAGUGUAACGGAUGGAGUUUGUCGGAGUUUUGCCAGCAUUUUGAUCAUAGUGACCCUCACAUUUUCAGUUCACAUUAUCUCGGUCUACCUAUUGGAUGGUGCUCUUCUGUUCAAUUUUUUUUUAAAUCUAGAUUGUUUCUUUUACUAGAGCAGUCUACUUGGGACAUUGAGGAAAUGAGGUCUAGAUGCUUCUGUUCUGGUGAAGUUGACAAGUUGACACGAGUGACAUUGGGCCUGCUCAUUUUGUUCUGAAGGAGAAACCACAUGCCAAAAUAACAUAUACUUCAUAGACCACUUCUAAUUCACUACAGCAUUCUCUUUAUUAAUUUUUUAAGCAUUUUCGAUUUCAUUUUAAGAAAAUGAAAUUUGAUGAGAAUUCUGAAUGGAAUAAACCACAGUGCACACAAUCUGCAGGUUUGGGCGCAUGUUUUCAUCAUUGAAUUAUCAGAUAAAAGAGUUAUGAAUGAACAAAGGAGAAUGAGAAUUUAAUGAUUCCAUUGGAUUUAAUAUAUUAAACAAGUAAUACUAUUUACAUAUUUAUAGCUUAAUAGGGCAUUAUCAUAAGGUCAAAAACUAAAACAUGCAUAUUUCUUCAACAUUGUGUCAGAUAUACUGUUUUAGAGUUCUCUUGUUUUAGCCUUGUUGCACACCAAUUCCCAAAAUACUUUUUUUUCUGUUCAAAAAGAAAAAAUGUUUUGAAAUAAAAAUUUGUUUUUAUA